GUCAUCCAGCAUUCUCUCAAAAUUCAAGGUCGCUUCUCAACACCGAUAAGCAAGCGUAUGGUGCUUGAGUGUGAAAUUAAUUUAGUCAGCUGUGAAAAAAAUUAAUUUAGCUCGCGUCGAAGUAAUUAACGUCAAUAUGUGCUAACGAGAAUCGAUAGGGCAUACAAAUGGAGUAUUAAUCUCAGUUUCAUAAAAAAAAUGCAUGUGAUUUCCUGGUGUAUGUCUAGUAAUGAUGCUGCGUCUGCAUAUCUAUUAUAGAAACAGUUCUUUCGUUUCGAGUUGUACAAAUCUGGCACUGUUCACUCAAUCUGUUGAAUAAGCGUUGUUUCGGAAUGUUAAUUUGCUCUACCUAUGAAUCAAAAUAUGUCUUUUCAGCCAUUUCUCUAGGUGAGCUUGAUUAAGGAGGGAAGCCGGUCAUUUGGCAGUGUUUAUAAAAAUAGGAAAAACACCGUAAAAAUCAGCUGUUGUAUACACACAGGGUGAAGGUCGAUUGAGUUACUCACAGCCGCACUUAUGUGAGAACGGUAUUUACAACAAUCAGUCAAGACUGUUUCCAUGACUGGCCGAUCAAAAUACUGACAUGGAUGAUAUUAAAGAAUUACUGACAGAUCUGAUGGAGAAUUCCAUCGCAUCCACCAGGUGCUCAUCUUCCACAGAGCCCACAAUACCUUCAUUACCUUGCAUCGUAGAAGAGCUCUCUACGAAAACUGUCGGUUAUCGCUUUGAACGUGCAAUGUCUGCCGAAUUGUUCAAAUCUUUAAAGCUCAAAAAAUUAAUCUCGAACACAAUCUUCACUCUCGACGAUGACGAGGAAGUUGGCAUGAAGCGGAAGGAAACGAUUCCGUCCCUUCGACAGCGGAACUCUCAGAUCAAUGCACUGGAAAACAUGGACCAAAUAGAGGAAAAGGAAAAACUACACGAACUUCAUUCCUCACUCAAACGGCAACGACUUUCCGGUUCGAAAGGGGUCACAUUUGGUGAUGAAGGUUUACGCAAACGAGUUGGACUGACGACGCCAUCCGAGAAACGUCCGCCGGAUUCGAGCAGCAGUCCCAACGAAGAUGAGAAAAUAUUCGGAGAGUCGUUCAUGGUACUGGAGUUCGCUGAGAGUGUCGAAUCGGAUACGAUUCAGUGGAUAAUCGAUAAAAUUCAAGGGAGGAAAAUCGAUGGAGGUGCCGAGCUACUGGUACGAAAGGAACCAUUAACCAAAGAAACGCAAAGCCUAAACAUGCACAUCUCAGCAAGCCAAAUGAAAUUUCUCGAAAUCGCGGACGACAUGGGCUUCAUGAAGCAAACCAAGACUGGCAUCAUUAGAAAUUUUAACGUCGCCUGCUUGGACGAUUUUUUCUACGAUGAUCAAAUGGCCGUAGAGGAUAUCCUAACAUCAGCCGACCGGCAAAUCAUCAUCAAGUACGCUUUGGAGAACAUUUGUGCCUCCGAACAUGAGCACAACAUUGUCGGAACCAAAGUGCAGCUGCACCACGGUCAGUCGAUUAUUCAAGCAGCUCAGCAAGCGGACAUCAUCACGCACAUCUACUCGUUACACGAGAAAUCAAAACUUCGGAAACUUCAGCAUAUGUGGAUUAAACCAACCAAGCCGCAACCGAUCGACGAGAUUCGAGAUUAUUUCGGAGAAAGUGUUGCCAUGUAUUUUUCCUUCGUGGGCUUCUACACGUACGCACUGAUCGUCCCAACCGUGCUAGGUCUGCUGCAGAUGGCACUUUCCGAGGAAACCGAAACGGUUCCGUUCUUCUGUGUGUUCUACGUUGCUUGGAUGAAAGUGUUCCUGGAACUGUGGAAACGAAAAAGUUCAUCCCAUGCCUACCGUUGGGGAACGAUCACGAUGACGAAUCUCGACGAACCUCGAGUCGGCUAUCACGGGAAGCUGGGAAAAGAUCCUAUCACUGGUAAGCUGACACGGCAUUAUCCUAAAUGGAAAACCUACGUGCAGAUGUACUUCGUGACGGCUCCCAUCAUACUGCUGUGUAUGUCGAUCGCCGCCUUCGUGACCAUUUUCCAAUUCUACGUCGAAAACUACCUGGCCGAGCUGUACGGGCUGGACUCGUACAUACUGUACGUACCGUCGAUUGUCAAUGCCGUCUAUAUUGCGAUUUCGACCAUCGCUUACGAUAAGCUGGCCAUCUAUCUGACGGACAAGGAGAACCAUCGGACGCAGAGUCAGUACGAGCGGCAUCGAGUCAACAAACUGAUCGUACUCGAGUUCGUCAACAACUUCCUGUGUUUAUUUUAUAUUGCGUUUAUACUGCAGGACAUGAAAAUGCUCAAAACUCAACUGAUGAUGCAGUUGAUCGUGCUUCAGUUUGUGCAGAACAUUCUCGAAAACCUGCUCCCCUACAUCAAGAAAAAAUUAGGACGUAUGUCAGCCAAACUCUUUGUAAAGUCGAACUACGAACGACUACAGAAGGUGUACGAAGAAUACGAUCUCAUGGGUAUCCAAUCGCUUGACGUUGACGAUUACCGGAUAGUUCGAAACCGAAAAGAGUGCAUCCUCGAAGAGUACAACACAUACGACGACUACCUGGAACUGUACAUCCAGUUCGGUUAUAUGGUACUCUUCUCGUCGGUAGCCCCGCUGACAUCGUUCUGGGCAAUCCUGAACAACGUCAUCGAGAUCCGGCUGGAUGCUUAUAAGUUGUGUACAUUGUUUAAGAGACCGUUCGCCAGACGAACGAAAAACAUUGGAGCCUGGCAGUUGGCAUUUGAAACGUUAGCCGUGAUUUCCGUUAUGACUAAUUGCGGAAUUCUAUAUAUGUCACCGCAGAUGAGGGAAUUAGCGACCAAUUUCAGCGCCGAAUCCUACGCAUUCACCUUUCUGGUAAUUGAACAUGUUCUUCUAGGACUAACAUGGUUCAUCUAUAAGGCCAUCCCAGACACUCCGCUGUGGGUCCGAGUGGCACUGGCGAAGGCAGAUUACGAGUCACGACAAGCGCUGAAGCGAGAAAACGCACAGCGAUCUCGAAAUCUACUAUUCAGGCGCUUCCGAAGUGUGUACGAUUCACAUUCGUUGUUGACUUAGAAACCCUACAGAUGGGUGUUCUUGGCUCUAGAGAAGCUCUUUGUAACUAGCAACGAUCAAACGAGAAGAGACGAUUUUGUGCGCUUUCCGUCGCGAAGGUGAUUUUAAAUAGAUUCAUAUUUAGUCUUCGUUCAGUAACAAUAAAGUGCCACGAAAUAUAA